CUCAGCUACGAAUUCUUCCAGGACAAUCGCUCCAAGGUGAUGUAAGUUUCACCUUCAAUUCGUAUCAUCAUGUCGUCACCAAUUCGCUCCACACAACGUGCUCCGAGAGCCUGCGCCGCUUGCUACAAGGCGAAGGUGAAAUGCGACAAGACGAUACCCUGCAGUCGAUGUGUUGGCCGCGGAAUCGCCCAAGACUGUCGGCGGGAAGUUGUUCGUGUUCAAGGUCAGAUUCAUGGCGCGAUAGCGACUUCUCCAAAGCUCAGCUGGGAUGACUUGCUCCAUGAAAACCACCGCUUGCGUGCAAUCAUCACGAGUCUUCCGAACCAAGAUCGAGAGGCUCAGCCAGACACAGAGGCUCCUCUAUUAAAUCCAUUCGGCGCCGAGGGCGAAGAUUUUGAGACGCAGCUUUUUACAGCUGUUGACCACUCCUCUACGCCGAGAACUGUGUCAAGCACGGCAGCUAUUGUGAUGCCCUCUAGGGAGAGCAGCGAUAAAAUCCUGGCGCAUGCAUUCGAGUGGACGUUUUGGCAUCACUUUAGUUUACUCGUCCCGGAAUUCAAAGCCGAACACGAUACAUUUUGGGACAGCUAUUCCGAGACUCAAUCACUAGAAGCAGCACAGCCUCUCUGGUUGGCUAUUUACUUUAGUGUCUUGGCCUCCGAGUUGCUGUUUCUGAGCGACGACGACUUGAUCAGUUUCGACCUUCCAAACAUGGAAUAUGCCAGUCUGUUGAAGAACUGGUACGACUCGGCCCUCUACUUUCUCGACAAAGCCGAUUUCGUGCAGAACCUAGAUAUCCGCUCUAUCCAGGCCAUCUCUAUCCUUGGCCUCGUUUUCCCAAGCGUGGGGGACUCACAGCGCCACCGCGCUUUGUGGUCUCUUGCGGUACGGCACGCCCAGGAUCUGAAGUUGGGAACCGACAGCGCUCAUCAGGACGAGUCGUAUGUUGAGCAGCAAAAACGGAGACGGCUCUGGUGGACACUUGUCAUCUGCGAGUGGUUGCCCGUCCCGCACCGGAGUCCAUGCAUUAAUGACAAUGAUUUUGACUGCGAGAUUCCAGAUGAGAUCGAUGAUGCCGAAAUUUGCGAUGUCGCCAUUCUCGGCGGUAAAUCAAGGCUACCAAAGAGCAAGCCGCGGCCAGUCCAAUACCACAUCGCCAUGAUCAAGCUGGCAAAGAUAUACUACCAGAUCAGAUUCCGGCUUCGCAUCCGCAGGUGGCAAGCCGCUGAGAUCGCAGAGUUCGUAUUCACAGCGGACGAGCAGUUGGCCCUAUUGAUAUCCAAUCUGCCGUCCCACCUUCAAUUUGACGAGAAGCAGUCGGAAGUGUCGAUCGGGAGGGAUUGUCGACUUCCUUGGAUUCCUUGGCAGCGGAACAGCAUCACAAAAGCCCUUUUGUAUUACCGCAUGGUCAUCGGCCGACUGCUUCAGGCACAUUGGCUAGAUGGGUCCAUCAGCGGCACUAGGACCCGGGCUAUAUGUAUCUCUUCAGCCCAAGGAUUGGUCAAUACCACGCGAGGAGAAAGCGUGGACCCUUCAAAGAUGCGACCUUGGGCCGUUGCAGUGACUAUCUAUGCCGCUGUCAUCACACUCAUACUCGAGUCGUCCAUCAGCAACACAGACUACGACACCGAAGUACAGCACGGGCUGGAUUUUCUUCGAUUGAUAGAGCCUCACAACUCCAUUUCAAUGCAUAGCAUACGAAUCAUCGAAGGUCUGCUCCACAAUAGCGCGGUGAGCUCUGGGAAGUAGGGGUGGUUAGUGGGAGGAUUGGCAAGAAGUUCAUGUGCCAUCGUCAUCGAAGGAGAAAUGAAUCUAUGUUAAGUUUAAUUUGUAGAAUGUGUAAACCCUUGUUUAUAUUAAUAUUACAAC